AUGGGUGAUUCGGAAUUUGUUUAUGGGUCAUCACUGUCCUUGGACUCCAUGAAAGUUAUCGCAGAAAGUAUUGGCAUUGGAGCCUUAGGUGAUGAUGCUGCAAAAGAGCUUGCCGAUGAUGUUACUUUCCGUUUAAAAGUCAUUGUUCAAGACAGUAUGAAGUUUAUGCAUCAUUCAAAAAGGCAAAAGCUCUCAAUAACCGAUAUUGAUAAUGCUUUAAAAAUCAAAAAUAUUGAGUGCCAGUAUGGUUUCAUCCAACCAGACUCACUACCAUUCAGAUUUGCUUCUGGUGGGGGCAGAGAACUGCAUUUUAUUGAAGAGAAAGAGGUUGAUCUAUCUGAAAUUUUAUCAGCUCCUCCCCCAAAAAUCCCACUGGAUGUAUCUGUGCGAGCACAUUGGUUAAGUGUAGAUGGUGUACAACCCACAGUCCCAGAAAACCCUCCACCAUUAUCUAAAGAAGCACAGAAACUGGAAUCUGUUGAUCCUAUAAGUAAAUUAAGCAAGCCUACUAAUAAAGAUGCUGCAGGUAAGCCUAUGUGUGGCAAAGCAGCUCGUUUAAAAGCAUCAGAAUCAGUUCAUGUGAAACAGCUUGCAACUCAUGAAUUGAGUGUGGAACAACAAUUAUACUAUAAAGAAAUUACUGAAGCUUGUGUUGGUAGCGAUGAGGGUCGACGUGCAGAAGCUUUACAAUCCUUGUCCUGUGAUCCAGGUUUGCAUGAAAUGUUGCCACGAAUGUGCACAUUCAUCUCUGAAGGCGUCAAAGUCAAUGUGGUUCAAAAUAAUCUUGCCCUGCUUAUUUAUUUGAUGAGAAUGGUUAAAGCGUUGCUUGACAAUCAGUCAUUAUAUUUGGAGAAAUAUUUGCAUGAAUUGAUCCCAUCCGUAUCUACGUGCAUAGUUUCGCGACAAUUGUGCUUGCGUCCCGAAAUGGAUAAUCACUGGGCUCUUCGUGAUUUCGCUGCCCGGCUCAUGGCGCAAAUAUGCAAAACUUUCAACACAUCAACAAAUAAUCUUCAAACAAGAGUAACGAGGUUAUUCGCUAAAGCUCUGCAGUGUCCUUCUCAGACUAAUAAUGAAUCAGGGGUAGGUCCAUCCAUGGUUACAACAAUGAAAGAAUCUGAGAAAACGCCCCUUGCUUCUCUGUAUGGCGCUGUCCAAGGAUUAGCAGAAUUGGGACCUGAGGUGGUUAAGGUGUUCAUCUUACCACGUGUACGGUGGUUGGGCGAGAGAGUGGAGGGCGCUCUGAGCGGCCUGGGCGGCGCGGACAGACUCGCUGCUGGAAAUCUCAAACACCAAUUGCUAAAAGUACUUGCACCUGUUGUACGACAGCUGCGACAACCACCCGAUUUGUCGGAUGAUUACAAACGUGACUACGGGUACUUGGGACCAAGUUUGCAUCAAGCUGUGGCUAAAAUCCGAUCGUCACCGUCGGCUGGAGGUAGUGGUGGUGCAGUCGCGGUGGUUACUUGCACCCCACCACUCGUGCCAUCAGCACCUUCUCCGCAGCAGUCGCAUAUCACACACACACCGAAGACUGUGGAAACGGUGGCCAGUCGUAACGUUGUGAUCAGUGCAUCACCCGCGCCUCAGUCACCUGCUCCGUCAACACCUCCACCGCAGAAGUUCGUGAUAGUCUCGCAGCAGAAACCUCCUCAGGUUAUUAACACGCAGCCUGCAAGCGGCGCAGGUCACAUAAUGGUCCACAGCUCGCAGCCAACACUCGUCCGUAGUCAAAAUUCGGUGGUGGUGACGUCCGGCCCAGCCAGCGGAGCAGCGCCCCCCCAGAAGGUUGUGGUAGUGGGUGUGCAGCCAUCGCAUCACCAAGCAUCCAUCUCGGCACCUGGACAGGUCAGCCAGGCCCCGGUGUCGGUGGUGGCCAAGCCCGUGUUCGCUCGCGGGAGCGGCGGGCCACAGGCGCCCCCGGAGCUGGACGACCUGUCCCACCUCGCCUGA